AUGUUCUUCCUUUCCUCUCAUGAGACUCGCUCCUUCCAUGGCUGCCUUGUGCCAGCUUGCUGCAACGAUAUCACCAAUCAAUUUUCGAUGCAAAUUUUCAUCACGAGUGUCCUUAUUCGCAACCUUGGCAAGCAAAGCAAAGGUUGUCCUCGAGAGAUUAUAGCUCGCGCCCUGGCUACUCCGAACGGAAACGUCGACGACGCCCACGUUUCACUUCCGCUCGAUAUCUUGCUUAUUCAGACGCGGGGCUCGUCCUGA